GAGUUUAGAUGGACUUACCCUGGUGAUGAAUUCACUCCUGGAAAUGAACAGGAACACGAUACAAGCUCAAUAUCCUUACCAAAGCUACCAAUGCGUCGUAGGGUAAAGCGUGGUUUAACUAAAUACGAUAGAGAGAAACCAGAUAUUCGAUACGUUAGAGAGAAACCAGAUAUUCGAUACGUUGUAGCCCUUGAAAUUGGAACUACCCAUUCAGGAUUUGCAUAUGCAUCAAGGGCUAAUCCAGAAAAUAUCACAAAUGAUACAAAUUUUCAUCAGAAGUCAUCAGAAGAUAUUGUUAAAAAUUAUGGGCCAGAACAAACAGGCGUAUUUAAAACUAAUACGGUAGUAGCAUACGAUGAGAAUUUGCAACCUGUAGCCUGGGGCUACCCAGCUCUGAUCCAAGAACCUUUAAAGAAAAAAGGGGCACUCGCUAAACCACAGCUUAAACCAGUAGAAUUAUUCAUGUUACACCUUAUCGAUUUAAGGGAGGACGACAAGCCACCCCUUCCUCCAGGCAUAGAUGCAAAAAGGGUCAUUACCGAUUAUUUACAUGAGAUGAAUAAACCCAUUUUAGAUACAUUAUCUACUCGAUGGCCAAUUAUACAGUACCCUCAACAAGUUCGUUUUGUAUUACCUGUACCUGACCACUGGGGUUAUAAAUCGAAAGCCAUUAUGAGAGAGUGUAUGUAUAAUGCCGGUUACUUGGAACAUAGACAAUCAGAAAAUUUAGAGUUUAUAACUGUGUCAGAGGCUGCCGCAAUUUAUUGCUUAAAAACUAUGAAUGAAUACCAUUUAUCAGUUGGGUCAUCAAUCUUAAUCGUUGAUUGUGAAGGAGGAACUGUAGAUCUUACAACCAGAACUUUAUUACCCAGAAUGUUACUUGGUGAAGUUACUGAACGUAGUGGUGAUUUGUGUGGCAGUUCUUAUGUUGACCGUGAAUUCCUUAAGUUCCUUGGUCGAAAAUUAGGAUUCGCUGCAAUGAAAAAACUAAAAGAAAAUCAUUAUGAACAAAUGCAAUAUUUGGUCCAACAAUUUUGUUUAAUAGCAAAAUUUUCAUUUAACGGAAAUCCUUACGAAUAUACAUCAAAGGAAUUAGAUAUUGAACUUAUAUGCCCUUCAUUAAUGCAAUAUGUUACCGGUAAGGCCAGAGAAUUAAUGGAAGAAUCCGAAUGGCUGAUCGAUUUAGACUAUCAAACUGUGAAAGAUAUGUUUGAUCCUGUUCUUAAAAAGAUUAUUGAUUUGAUUCAAAGGCAUUGUAUAUCAACCGAACGUAGAUGCGCAGCUAUGUUUUUAGUAGGAGAUUUUAGCGAAAUUCAUUACUUGCAAAGUCAAAUCCGACGACAGUUUGCGACACAAAUCCCAAUUAUUGCUGCUCCUAAACAGCCCACUGCAGGUGCUUUAGAAUAUGGUUUAAAUAUAACUCGAACAUUAAAAUAUGGUCUAAAUAUAACUGGAACAUUAAAUUUCUGUUACGGCAUAGAAAUAAGCGUAAAAUGGGAAAGACACGAUCCACCAGAACGUUGUACACCUUCUGGCCAUAUAUUCCGAUUUCAUCGAUUAGCAUUAAGAGGUACUGAAGUUGCCAUCAAUCAAAUUUUCUACUAUACGUUUGCAGUAGAUCCGAAUCAAACUGAUAUGGUUAUUAACGUAUUCACUACAAUGGAUAACAACGCGAAGUAUUGCGACGAGGAUGGGAUGAAGAUGUUGGGAAACAUAAAAAUUGAUUUAUCAGACUUAAAAGAACAAAAAAAAUUGUUGGGGUUUACUCUGAAAAAAAAAGUGGUGGAAGUGGAAUUCAUUCUGACAUUCGGUGCUGCAGAGAUUAUUGCUAUGGCAAUUAAUAAAAAGACUGGGAAAAAUCUGGGCA